GCCCAUAUAUAAUGGGUAGUUAGAGGACGAAGUCAUGUGAUAGUCUGUCCCGGGAUUCUCGUGUUGACUUCGAAUUCCUGUACAUACCACGCCAGGAACUAAUCCACUGCCGCAAAGAAUGCCAAAUAAUUUUGGUACGUAUGUUUGCUGAUGGGUGCAGGUAACUGGCCACACGACCUUACAAGAUGGCUGCCGGGGAUGUCAUUGAAGACAUAAAGAACAAACUGGUGUGUGCCAUUUGUUUAGAUGUAUUAAAAGAUCCAAGAGUUCUUAGCUGUGGCCACACAUUCUGUUUUGAGUGCAUCCUGCAAGACUACCAACGAUUACAACUUAAGUUGGGAAAAUGCCCAUUGUGUCAGGAAUCGUAUUUUCUUAAAAAGGGAGACAUACAUAAUCUGUCGAGGAAUUUUAGUGUAAAUGAUGUACUUGAUACACUGAGGUCUGCUGGGCGAGCUCGUGUUUGUGCAGUUUGUCAAGAAGACGGUGGCAUAUAUGUAUGUCUAACGUGCAAACUAAACCUAUGCAAACAUUGCUCAAACUGCUCAAACAUUACCUGGAUCGAGUGUAGUCACCAGGUGUUACACAUUGACGAUAUGAAUUCUCUCCCAUUUCUACGGGAUGUCAUCCAACUAAGUAGAGCCAAACAAACAUGUCCGAUACACUCAGAAGAAGGUGCAAGCUAUAUGUGUCACACGUGCAAGCGCGUAAUGUGCAACGCAUGUCGACUCCAAGGUCAUAUUCAUCAUGAUAUCCAAGGAAUCAAGGAAUCGGUGAAAAACCUUCGUCGGAAAAACAUCCCUUCUUUGCUAGGAACAAAAACGCGAGACUUUGAUAAAACCAUAGACUCAUUGUCAUGUGAAUCAUCUUUUAAUAGAAACCCAUCACGUCGUGUAGAAAUUCGCGAAGAAAUGCGCCGAUAUCGAUCGCAAAGACAAGACUGUUCUGAUUUUCACAGAGACAUGUGCCAUUUAUUUAAGUAUGGUAGUGAUAAAACAAUCCUGGAAGUUUUCCAUCGCCGAGAACAUAAAAUUAACGAGAUACUUUACACCCCUACACAGUCUGUCUGUAAAAGAUGGAUGGUUUAUAUUAUGUACUGUCAAUUGGUGAGAAUGAUUCGUCGAUCUGAAAGGAGUGUACGCCAAUACUCGGCCAUAAUUAGAACUAAUAGAGAAUAUUGUGCUAUAUGCGAUUCAAACAAACAUCGACAUAAGUUGCGUUCCUAUCAGGGCAUCCCUGAUGAUCGUAGCGUCCUGUUUGAUAUUGUGUUGGGCAUUUUCAUGGAGUUGGCAAUUCUACUUUUUUCUGUAUAUGUGUUACGUUAGGAUAUAUUUCAAUUUCUAAGCUAUAUAUAUAUAUAUAUAACUGCGUUAUGUAAUAUAAGGAGUUGGUACUGUAAUUGGCUAAACAAACGAUAAUAGUUGCCUAUUACAAAUUAUGAUAGCAUUACUUCUUUGACAGCUUGUGACAUAAACCUGAGUUAACCUCCUUUCUGGGGUAUUGUUUUGACCUGUCUGAGGGAAGGAAACUCCCUAGUCGUGGACAUUUCCCAAUCAGAUGAUGACUUUUAAUAUAUUUUUACUGACCUACUAGUGUCAAUUAUUAUAAUAAAGAUAAUUUAUUUGCUGAAUUUCAGGAUCAGACGUUCCGCGCUAUCAUCCAAAAUGGUUAUAUUUCAAACAAUUAACGUUAACAUGGCCGCCUCGGUAAAAGUAUUUGAUGUUUGCGUGUCCUUGCAUAAAAAAAUAUUUUGUUAAAUUCGCCUCGAAAUACAUAUCAUUAGUUCACUAAUUUCGUCUAACCUUGACUAGGAAGAAACUGAAACGUGUUCAGCAUAAAUGUAUAAGUAUGAUACAUAUAUAACGAAAUUGAUUUCACCUCGCUGGUAGGGCUCUCCCCAACCCCUGGACACCUCGGGCUUCGCAGGCAUCGAAAGUAUUUUGUAUGUAAAGGUACACGCGGGUGUUGUUGUAUAUGUAGUAAUAUGUAUGUUUAAGUCUAAGUAAUCUACCAAUGUUAAUAAAUAAAUUAUAUAUUUGAUUGUUAAUAUAUACACAUAGAUGUACGAUGUGCAGAAAGCAGGCCAAACUAAAUUUCCCUCAAAACCCUAUGGUUACUCAAGGAAAUUUUCUUUUUUCGGUUUCUUUUUUAUCAAUUUUUUACAACUCAUGUAUACUUAUAUAACUAUGUGAAAUAUUAUUUUGUUCUUAGUUAUCAAAAUUAAGGUGUCCUAGUUCCGAAGAUGUAUUUGCUUUUCUGUGUGAUUGGGAAAGGAAUUAAUAUAAGCUUUAAGCUUGUUUUCCCAUCCCAUUUGUUAUUUUCUGUAUAUGUAAUGUU